AUGAGUUUGUUUCUUCUGCUGAACACAAAUUUUGAAGAACAAUUGGAACUUUGACACCAUUGACUUACAUAUUUUUUCUACUAUGGAAAUCAGUGGUGCCAAACAACCGUUCUUCAAAAUAUCUUGCUUUGUGUUCAGCAAAAGAACUUGAGGGUGAGUAAAUGAUGACAGAAUUUUCAUUUUUGGGUGGAGUAUCCCUUUAAAAGUAUGACCUUUUUUCUACCUGUAAAUGAAAAUCAUUCUCUGAUUGUACACAUGGCUUGAUAAUGUGUGUCAAAGAUGUGGGGGAUUUUUCACAAAUUGUUUUGUUGGAGAAAAACAUAAGAAAUAUACAGUUAUGAUUUACUUUUAUUAAUUUGAUUAGUUUGGCAUCAAUUGCAUUGAGGUGAUUUUUGUUGUACUCGAUAUCUGGCAACUGUAAAUCAGUACAGUUUUCCACUUGGCGAACAAAUCGAGUACAGUUUUUUGUGUGUGUGCAUAAAAGUGCCCACAUGCCAAACAAUCAAAUAGAAUGCAGCACAAUGACAGCAAAACAAGUGUUGAAUCAUAGCGACAGUCUGAAUUCAGAGCUGUGUACUAGCAUACUACUUUUAGUUUUGCUUUAUAUGUCAGACAUCAGAAAUAGUAUAAUCAAAGACUGCAUGCAAGUUCAGCUCAGAAUUCAGCAUCAGAGUGCGUCAGUCCUAUCAAACUAUAGUGAUGUUUAACUGAAGGAAGCUUGUUUUGAAAUGAUUUCAUUUUGUACCAAAUAACGAUGACACACUUUAGAGAGAUUCUGAAGUGCACUUCCUCUGUAGUAGCGGUUUAACAUUAAGUGGCAUAUGGCAUUAGAAACAUGUCACUGUGGCACAUCUGGUUUGAAACUAAUGGAUUGCGUAAUGCAGAGGAAGUGUGCUAUAUAGUCAGAUGAGUCCAUGUUUCAGCUUGUUUAUGGAAAAAAUGGACAUAGAGUUCUCAAUCCCAAAGAUGAGAGGGACCAACAUUCUUUAGCGACAGGUGCAAAAGCAAAUGGCAUGGGUGACUUGCAUUUGUGUGAAGGUACCAUUGACAUGGAGGCAUAUGGAUUGUACAGAGACAUAAACUGCCAUCAAGAUGACAUAUUCCUGGGAAGCUAGACAAAGCCAGGCCUCAUUCUGCAUGUGCUAAAACCAUAGAAGUUAUGCGCCUGACUGCCUGCAGUCCAUAUCUGUCACUUAUUGAAAAUCUGUGGCAUAUCAUGAAAAGGAGAAUCGGACAGCGAUGACCACAGAUUGAUGUCUUAUAUCAGGCAAAAAUUGGCAUUUAAUAUCCUCAAUUCCCAAAUGAUUCAAAAGUGUAAUUAAAAGGAAAGGUGAUGCUUUGUUUUGGAGUGUGUAGCAGCCAUCAAAAUCAAAACUUGUUUAUACUUACAAAAUAAAAUUAAUUUGGUCAGUGAAAACAUUGGAAAUAUUUUAUAUGUAAAUUUUUUUCAGUUAAAUAAAGGUUCAAGAGAAUUAACACAUCACAGAUUCUUGAUUUUAUGGCAUUUCACAAAAUGUCUUUCAAAAACUUUUCUGGAAAUGGGGUUGUAAAAGAUUGCUAAUUGUAAUUCUUUAACUUAAAUCUCUGUUUAUUACACUUGUACCUUUGUUUUUUGUUGUUGUUGCUUCAAAUCAAAGUUUAUAAUUUUGUGAUUCACCCGGUUUGGGUUAUAAUCUAUAACACUUUUUAAAAUCCCUGUUGGAAAAAAUUGAUGAAUAAAUACAUCCGGAAUCAAGGGAAAAAGUUGUGGACUUGCUCACCCGAAUUCCCAGAAACCCGAACAGAUUGUAGAAAACUACCGAUUGACAAUGGAAUAAUUCUCUCUAAUGGCUCAGGUAUGCUUAUUUGAACGCCAUGAGUGUUUGUGAUGGUAGGAGUGUUAAAAAUGGAAGUCUGAGCUCUUGAUUUGUGCAGUGAGGUCAUUAGGCAAUUACUUUUGUCAAAAGGGCCAAUGUACAUAUUCAAGAGGUACAAAAACACAAUGUUCUCAUCUAAAUGUUUUAUAGGCUGUAGAUAACAUGUGUUGAUGGAAGGGUGUGGAGACCUGAAAUAAUGUAAAACUCCUCGCCCCCAAUUCAAACACUUCACCCUUAAGUUUACAGGUCACAUAAACCACUCACCUGGUAACCACAUUUUCUCCUCCCCUACGCAUGUUGAGGUGAUUUCCAACUUCACUGAUGUGAAACUAUCAGAAAUUGAACAUCAUUCCCUGAGGAAGUGAGACACAUACUGUACAGUACCAGCCUCUCCAAGGAAACAGUGAUGUCAUAUCAAACAGAAGCAAUGACUUCCCAGCCACAAAUGAUUGUAACCAGCUACACUGUUUCUCACUGGAGCUCUGAUGUCUGUGACUGUUGCGAGGACUGCGGCAUUUGUCUAUGUGGGGCAUUCAUUCCUUGCAUCUUGGGCUGUAAGGUGGCACAGGAUAAUGGUGACAGCUGCUGUUUGCCCUUCCUACCUGGAGCUAUGAUUGCAUUGAGAACCAGCAUCCGUGACAAAUAUCGUAUUAAUGGCUCUGUCUGUGAUGACUGGGUGAUUAUGACCUGCUGUCCUUUCUGUGGACUGUGUCAGAUGGCUCGAGAACAGAAGGCGAGAGGUUAAUUUAAAGAAAAUGAAGGGAAGAUUGUCUAUUUAAAAAUGCCUAGAUGGCUGGAUUUUUUCUUCCAAUUGUUUUUUUUUUAAUAGAAUAUUCCAAACUAUAUCAUUUAAAUGACCCUUACAUGUGAUUUAACAUUACGAAUCAAUCCUUAAUUACAUUUUUUUUUUUAAGUAUACAAACUUUCACUGCAAAUUCGAAGUAAAUGGAUCAGGCAUUGUGUCCCAUUGUCUGUUCUUCUUUGCUCGGGCUUAUGGUUCCUCUUUCUAUUCCUGUUUAAAAGAGAGAAUGGCUAUGAUAGUUCAAACAACUGAUAGUCAAAAUAAUCGGGAACAAUUUAAUGAAGGUAAGGUACUGAAUUAAGGUUCUGUUUAUAUUUAGGGAAUGUUCAAAUGACAAAUAGCCAACAUGAUGAAAUGAAUUAAUGAAAGAUAUGAGAUCUUGGGUUAUUUAGGAUUGAUCGCUGAUGGUUUUUGAAAUAGUCAGAGAUUUUGUUUCUGUAUUUGUCAUGCUAAAGAGAACAAUUUGUUCACAUGUUACAUCGCUCUCUAUCUACUUUGCUCACCAUGACAAGAUUUAUGCCUUUGUAUAACAUCAGUAUCGUGAGCAAAUG